AUGGAAAAUCAAUAAAAAAAAAGGAAGUAAUAGAAUAACUCUUUAAGUAUUCUAUAAGAUUUAGUUAAAUCUGACUUGAAAGCUCUAACUCAUAUUGACUUACAAUUAAAAAAUUGCACUCUUAGUAACGAAUAAGUUGCUUAAAUUAACAAUAGUUUAGUAUAAUGCUAAAAAUUAGAAUCUUUAGUACUAAAUCUUAAUAAGGAAAAUAUUUCAGAUGAUUAGAUAAAUUAAUUAUUUGCUAAAUAUCCCUACAUAAAGGAUUAUGUUGAAACUGGUAAUAAUGUGAGCAAUGACUAAAUAUACACCCAAAUUUUGUUUUUCCUAAAUUAUUUUUAGAUUAAUCAUGAUUGUCAAGAACUUAGAUUAAAUGAUAUUCAAGCUUAAGGAGAUAUUCUAUUAGAAGAAACUAUGAGUAAUCUAAUUAAUCUCAACAGUUUAUAGCUAAAUUUAGAUGGAAAUUAAUUAGGAGAUUAAGGUUCGGUUUGGAUUUGUAAAUUAUUACAUAAAUGCAAAACACUUAAUAACUUAAAUCUGCAGCUUUGGAAAAAUAAAAUAGGUGACAGAGGGAUAUCGAGUAUUGCAGAAGGUAUUAGUAGUUGUGCUAAACUUACGACUUUAACUUUAAAUGCAGUUGAAAAUUUAUUUGGAAAAGAAGGUGCAUUUUCUAUAAGUACGAUGUUAAGUAGUUGUAAAAUGUUGAUUAAUCUAGAUAUUAACCUUUCUAACAAUUUAAUUGGAGAAGAAGGAGCAUCAGCUAUUUGUAUAUUAUUAGGCAGCUGUUAAUUACUUGAGAAUUUAAAAUUAACACUAUGCACAACUUAAAUUGGGGAUGAUGGAGCUUCUACUAUUGGUGCAGCACUUGGUAACUGCAAGUUCCUAACUAAUCUCAAAUUUAACAUUUCGGGCAAUAAAAUCGGUGAUAAAGGAGCAUAAAAUAUUGGAUUAGGUUUGAGUAACUGCACUCAACUUACAAAUUUAGAAUUUGACAUAGGCACAAAUUAAAUUGGGGAUGAUGGAGCUUCUACUAUUGGUGCAGCACUUGGUAACAGCAAGUUCCUAACUAAUCUCAAAUUUUACAUUUAGGAAAACAAAAUCGGUGAUAAAGGAGCAUAAAAUAUUGGAUUAGGUUUGAGUAACUGCACUCAACUUACAAAUUUAGAAUUUGACAUAAGCACAAAUUAAAUUGGGGAUGAUGGAACGUUAACUAUUGGUGCAGCACUUGGUAACUGCAAGUUCCUAACUAAUCUCAAAUUUUACAUUUGGGGCAAUAAAAUCGGUGAUAAAGGAGCAUAAAAUAUUGGAUUAGGUUUGAGUAACUGCAUUCAACUUACAAAUUUAGAAUUUGGCAUAGG